GCCGCCCGCGGCGUCGUUCCUGGGCGGGAACAGCAAAAUGGCGCCAGAGCGGGCGGCGGGCUGAGCGCGAGACUGGCGCCCCGCAGAGCCGGCCCCGCGGCCCCCGGGCCGCCGCUGCCCCUCCCGGACAUGGAGGACGUGGAGGCGCGCUUCGCCCACCUGCUGCAGCCCAUCCGCGACCUCACCAAGAACUGGGAGGUGGACGUGGCGGCGCAGCUGGGCGAGUACCUGGAGGAGCUGGACCAGAUCUGCAUUUCCUUUGAUGAGGGCAAGACCAGCAUGAACUUCAUCGAGGCCGCGCUCCUGAUCCAGGGCUCCGCCUGCGUAUACAGCAAGAAGGUGGAGUACCUGUACUCGCUGGUCUACCAGGCUCUGGACUUCAUCUCCGGGAAGAGGCGGGCCAAGCAGCUCCCCUCGGAGCAGGCACAGGCGUCCAGCGGGAGCCUUCCCUCCGGGGCCUCCCAGGAGGUGGAGGAUGAGUUCCUGUCGCUGGACGACCUCCCUCACUCCCGGACCAACAUCUACCUGCGGGCCGGCCAGGAGCCCACCGAAGUGCUCAUCAUUCCACUCCUGCCUAUGGCCCUGGUGGCCCCCGACGAGCUGGAGAAGAGCCAGCACCCGCUGUAUAGCUGUCAGGGGGAGAUCCUGGCCAGCAGGAAGGACUAUCGGAUGAACACGAGCACCCCGAACCUCCAAGGCUCCUUCAUGCUGGAGCCCAUAGGCAUGUGCCAGGAGACCCUGGGAGAGCCGCAGGAGGCCAGGGAGGCUGAGGAGCAGCCCAUGGACGUCUCUUUGUCUGCGAGCCCUGCCCCUGGCCCUGUGCUCAGCUGCUGCCAGGACCCAGGUCCUUCCCGAGACGCUCAGAUGCCCGGCAACAAUGGAGGCGAGGACGAAGAUGCAGGCUGUGGGGUAGAGGCCCCCUCCCCAGAGCCUCCAGAGUCUGGGAGCCCACAGGGCACAGUACAGCCCCGGAAGUAUUUGCUGCGGGAGAGGCACCAGGUGCUGGAGCCUGUGUCCCGGCUAAAGGAGACCCCAGACCCCUGGCAGAGUCUGGACCCCUUUGACUCCCUGGAUUCAAAGCCCUUCAAGAAAGGUCGGCCCUUCUCUGUGCCCCCCUGUGUGGAAGAGGCUCCAGGGCAGAAACGCAAGAAGAAAGGCGCCUCCAAGCUGCAGGACUUCCACCAGUGGUACCUGGCUGCCUACAACGACCACGCUGACGCCAGGAGGUCCCGGAGGAAGGGCCCGUCCUUCGCAGACAUGGAAGUCCUGUACUGGAAGCACGUGAAGGAGCAGCUGGAGACCCUCCGGAGGCUGCAGAGGCGGCAGAUGGCUCCGCGCUGGCUCCCAGGAACCGAGGAGGGGCUGUGGCCCGUGGAGGAGGACCGGGGAGAAGACUCCUCAGAGGACCUAGGGGCCGCAGAGGACGACCUAGAGGCUGCGGAGUACGCCGAGCCUGAGGGGGCAGAGCCCGAGGAAGCCAUAGACCUGAAAGACGCCGCCAUGCCCGCACCGCUGAGCUACGAAGAGCUGGUCCGCAAGAAUGUGGAGCUGUACAUCACCUCCUCCCAGAGGUUCGUGCAUGAGACGGAGCUGAGCCAGCGCAUCCGAGACUGGGAGGACAGAGUGCAGCCCCUCCUCCAGGAGCAGGAGGAGCGCGUGCCCUUCGACAUCUACACAUACCAGGACCAGGUGAUCUCAAGCUUCAGCCAGCUCAACCAGUGGUGCCCCUUUGCGCAGCUAGUGGCCGGCCAGCCUGCCUUCGAGGUGUGCCGCUCUAUGCUGGCCUCCCUGCAGCUGGCCAACGACCACACGGUGGAGAUCAGGCAGCAGCCGGGCCUGGAGGAGGCCGUGGACACCAUGUCCCUGAGGCUGCUCACGCAGCAGAGGGCCUACCAGCGCUUCCAGACCUACACGGCCCCGUCCAUGGCCCAGCCCCAGGCUGGGCCUCCCUCCCCCGCCCCGAGUCCUUCUGGCCCAGCCUAAUAAAGUGUCGUGACU